CAGAUAUUUCACCACUGAUAAUUUAUAUUUUAGCUAUUAGCAUUUGUUAGUCUUUCCUUGAGAAACACAACCGUUAGAGUGGGCUAGUACGUUUCGAUGUGGUAGAUUUUACACGCUUGUUAAUGUAAACAAACUCGAGGUCUACCCAGUGAAAGGUUGCUAGCGGUACAGUGAAUAUCCCAAUUUAAUAUCUCUUGUUUCAGUGUCCACCGGGGAAAAUGAAUAAUUGUGAACGCAGCUAAGACGCUGGCUGUCGCUGAAGAGUCUCUACGUAAUAUUCACUAUAAUAAUGCAGCGUGGAAAGAGUGUGAAAGUAAAAGAAGUAAUUGAAUCGCUUUGCAAACUUCUCUCUGCGCUGGAGAUAGACUCCGUCCCUGGUGCAGACACCUUCAGACGAGCCAAAUUUAACAAAGAAGAUGCGGUGGAUGACCUGUGGACGCUGCUGUACAACAUCCUCUCGAAAGCCGUGCGGUGGGAGUGUUCAUGUGCCCGGGCCAGGCUGGUCAGCAGUGCACUGUGGCAGUGUGGCUACCGCGCCCAGUGGUUACAGGGUGGGUGGAGCCUGAUGGAAGAGGUGGGGAGCCGAGAGCUCUUAUUGGCCUUAGGCUGGGUGAUGUCAUCAGGAGGCCUGCUGGAAAGCCUGCUGGCAGAGAUGGCCUCUGGACUGGAGACACUGGCAGCACUGCCAGGGGUCUCUCUGAGCGCGGCGGGUGGAGGGUCAGUGGAGCGGCCGCGGCAGGCGGAGCAGUGGGAGGGGGCUCUGAGGAGACUGCAGUGGGAGCAGGGGAAACUCAGGAUCCUGUGGAGGAGCCUGCAAGCGGCACAGCGGGAGAGAGCAGCGCUGCUGCACCAGGCAAGUGCACGGGUCAUCCUCAUCAUCACUAUUACCACCACCACCAUCAUCCUAAUCAGCAUCACCAAUAUCAUCUUCAUGACCGUACCCGUCUUCAUCAUCUUCUUAAUCAUUAUCACCAGUAUUAUCCUGAUCACCACUAAUACCACAACCAUAUUCAUCAUCAACCUCAGCAUCAUCAGUGUUGUCCUCAUCAUGACCAUUACCACUGUCAUUAUUAUCACAAUCGUCAUCAGUGGUGUCAUCUUCAUCAUGACCAUUACCAUCCUCUUCAUCAUCCUGAUCAUCAAUAGUAUCAUUCUCAUCAACCUCGUCAUUGUUAACUACCUUCCCACAGAGAGUGAGAGCCACAUUUUCCCCUUCCUCCAGGUCCUGUCCUCCAGCAGCGGCCCCUCUGCCCCAGACCCAGACCCCCCCACAGGCAGCGCUGGCCAGAGCAAGGUGACCGACUUGAGCCCGCCCCUCCCCACAGCCCUCACCACAGAGCCCCCACUCUUCUACAUCCUACCUGUGGUUAUCUGUAAGCCGCACUGUGUGUGCAGGAGACCCUUGCCAUUCAUCAGUGAAUUGGAGCGGUUACGGACAGAGAUUCGGCUGCUGGAGAUUUACCUGGACUGGAAGCACCUAGAGCCCCUCUUCUGGAGCUGGAUGGAGAGCGUGAUUGAUGCCAAGCUCGCCGAUCCCUCCCCGCCCUCACACACCGGUCCUGUUGCUAUGGCGCCAAAGAGUGCAGGCGUCGAGGGGGGCUGUUGCCAAGGCGAUACGGAGAGGAGGGGCCUGGAACGGCUGACCAAGAUGCUGCUGAUGCUGCGGGUGGGACUGAGGGCCGUGAGGGCGGAGCGGGGAGACCACGCCCCUCCACGGGCCAGACACCGGGAUGUGGGCGCGGUCACAACCUCAGAGAAGGCGGAGAUACAGGAGAGGGUGGGACGCAGACUGCACGACCUAACUGAGGCCUACGCCUCCAUCCCUGCAAGCGGAGGCUACAGGCUUCGCCUCCAGGAACACCCUGCUCACCAGCCUCACAGGCCCCGGAAACCCACCUCCUGUCAGGCAGACCACCAAGGCGAGGCCCAGGCUUCCACGGUCAUCCAAGAACUGAGAGAGAAAGAGGCCCUGUUGCUACGGGAACUGGAGCGAUGGAGGCGGGGCCACAGGGAGGAGCUGCAGGAGCGAGUGAGCGGGCUGGAGGGCGUGGUUCUCAUUCCGCCCCUGAAGAGAUGA